CACGUAGACACACCUAUAUAUGUCAGCGUAUAUAUGUUAAAUAUAUCUACGCACAUGUAGGUUCAUACCUUCGUACCAAUCCCUCUCCUCCCCUCCCUCUGUGCAUCGUCCCGUCGACGCCUGAGACCAAUACUCGACACUCACGAUGCCACCCCGUACGGCCGGCCGGCGCGGACCUAUAUCAAAAAUGGUCGGCCAUGUGCGCUGCCUCUCAUAAUGGGCAUUGGCCAAAAUGCCAUGUUCGGGUUUCAUGAGAAAGGCAUCGCUGCCUGCGGGGAGGGAGAGAGGGAGGGAGACCCUUCUCGUCGACAGGCUCGCCUAUCCAGGGGGGCCCCCUCUCCUACCCUCCCCUCUCCUCUUUUCUCUCUGUCUCUCUCUCGUUGUCUUGCUCUCACUUCAACUCCCCCUCUACACCCCUCUUCUCUCGUCCCUACCUACACGCCACAACUCGCUCUCUCUCUCUCGCCGCGCGUGCAUCCCAAACGACGGAAAUGUAUUCCCUCUUUUUUUUUUUGUCUUUUUUUUCCGUCUUCGUUGGUUGUGUGUGUGUGUAUAUGUGUGUGCGUUGCACGAUACCGAUCACAUGUAUCCGUGCAUCCAUAUCCGCAUGUAGCAGGCGAGUAUUCCAAAUCUACGCCCCCAUCUAUAAUCCAUCUGUAUUAUACACAUACAUCUCUAUCGAUAUAGGUACGUUGCAUAGACGUCCAGCCUCCUGCCGACACUGGGCAGGUACCCGAGAAUAAAUCUGAUAGCUUCGACGCGCCUGUCCAUGUAGGUACCUCCCUACAGGUGCGUGGCUGCGCCUCGGAUAUCUACACGUAUGUAGGUAGGCAAGAAGGGACCGAAUAGGUCCCUGUGCCUAACGCAGCAGGUAGGUAGGUACCUACAGAUACGGCAGCAGGCGCCCCGGCAACUGUUGUCCUGUGUCUCGGAGAAUACCUGACGUAAGGAAGGUUGCCAUAUGGCUCGGUAUACGCAUACGUGCGUACAUGCAUACGGUUCUCUCUCUUUGAGGUUGCCUCCGUGCAGGGCACAUACAUGGUGUCGGAGCAGGUACCUAACCUACUUUGAUGUUGCAUGUAUGUGUGUUGUGUGUAUGUGUAGUGUACCUAGGUAUGUGUAGUGUACCUAGGUAUGUGUAGUGUACCUAGGUAUGUGU